AUGUCUGAGACUGGUUUACCUCCGAAUACCCCUGAACCUGCAGCGCAGGCAGGCCCUAUAUUAACAUUACCACGGGGACUUACCCCCCUCAGUGCUAAUACCUUCAGUUCAACACUGGUCCCGCAGCGAAAAAUUCGACUACCUGACCCACCUGCUUACUACGGCAAUAGCCUACAUGAAUACAACACAUUCAUCCGAGCUCUCGAGCGUAGAUAUAAGCUAAAUCCGGGCCACUACGCCACCGAUCAGAUUAAGGUCGUUUAUGCUUCGAGCUGGUUACGAAAAACAGUCGAGACCACCUGGGCUACCAAGGAAAAAGAGCUCGAAAGGUUGAACCAACCCUUCUCAUGGGAUAACUUCAAAGAAUUCCUGCACAAUGACCUUGAAGACAUACACGGGGGAGGCUUUGCGGCAGCAAUUCGCUUUGAGAAGUUGAAGCAACAACCAGGUCAAUCAGUGCAGCAAUUCGCAUCUAGAUUCAAUGAGAUCUGUGAGAAUCUAGCAGUUGAUCGAGAAGAACUUCUAACUCAAUUAUUCUUUGCCAAACUGCAAUCCUCAGUGCGAGAUCGAAUCCAGGACUAUCAUAACCUCCCUACCAAUUGCAACGAAUUGGCUGCGUUAGCCGCCCGAAUCGAAGCUAUUUAUAGGAUUCAUGACAAAAGGGACAACAGCAAGCAGGGAUCCUUCAAUCCACGGAACAACCAUCACAGGGAUCAUGAUAGCCGUGGAACCAAACGACCCUCUGGCGGUUCUUCUUCGAAUGGUCAACGUAAUCUAACCCCGGCUGUAAAGCUUACUAUGGAGGAACGACAACGCCGAAUGGAUAACAAUCUCUGCCUAUUUUGUGGAGAGGCAGGGCAUAUUCUUAAGGAUUGCAACAAAACAAGAAAACGGAGCCGAACCACCGAUAGAAGGAUCAGAUAUCGAGGCAGGAGAACGUAG